AAUAGAACUUUCCAGAAAAAGUCAACAAAAGAUAUCAAAAGAAAAAUUAGGGAGCACCGAUUAAGCCAACAAAAAGGCCCAUUUACAGGCAAACAGAAAGCUUAAAGAUUCUGCGAAUGGAGGAGUAUUCCAUUCGAUCUCUAGAGCCUUCUUUGGUAUCGAAUGGAAUAGUCUGGUCUUGUCACUAUGGAGAUUCUCUCUGUUUCUUGCAUGUACCAUCAUUACUUUUAUAAACUUUAAGCUUUGUUCUGCAAGAAAUUAAAUAUGGCUCUCAAAACUAUGGAAUUUUCAUCAGGUGUUUUCCCUAAAUUUGUCGUGAUGGGUCACAGAGGCUUUGGGAUGAACAUGCUUCAAUCUCCGGAUGAGAAAAUGAAAACAAUCAAAGAAAAUUCUAUUCUUUCUUUCAAUGUCGCUGCCGAUUUUCCGAUUUGACUUCAUUGAGUUUGAUGUCCAGGUGACAAGAGAUGGCUGCCCUGUAAUUUUCCAUGAUAACUUCAUGUUCACGCAAGAACAGGGAGUCAUCAUUGAUAAAAGAGUAACAGAAAUGGUUUUACUUGAAUUUCUCUCAUAUGGACCUCAAAAGAAUUGUUCAAAUGUGAAGCCUAUGUUCAGGAAGACAAAAGAUGGUAGAAUCUUUGAGUGGAAAGUCGCCAAAGAUAAUCAUUUGUGUACCCUUAAAGAUGCCUUUGUAAAAGUUAAACACUCAGUAGGAUUCAAUAUCGAGCUAAAAUUCGAUGAUAAUAUUGUGUAUGGAGAUGAAGAGUUACGUCAAACUCUUAACAACAUCUUGAAGGUUGUAGAUGAGCAUGCCAAGAGCCGCCCCAUAAUCUUCUCAAGCUUUCAACCUGAUGCGGCUCGAAUCAUGAGGAAUAUGCAAAGGAGUUAUCCAGUCUUCUUCUUAACAAAUGGAGGAUGUGAAAUCUAUAAAGAUGUGAGAAGGAACUCAUUAGACGAGGCCAUAAAGAUUUGCAAAGAAGGCGGUUUGCAAGGGAUUGUCUCUGAGGUUAAGGCCAUAUUAAGAAGCCCAAACGCAAUCAUCCGAGUUAAAGAUUUAAACCUUUCAAUUCUAUCAUAUGGGCAGCUUAACAAUGUCGUGGAGGUAGUUUACUUGCAGUAUCUGAUGGGUGUGGAGGGAGUGAUCGUUGAUAUGGUCAAAGAGAUUUCUGAAGCCAUCGCCAAUAUUGAGGUUGGAAACGAGGAAGAAGAUAAAGAAGAGGAUGAAAGAAAGUGUCUGAUUAUGUUUGGGGAGGAGAGGAAGAAAGUGAAGAUUUCUAAGGAUGAGAUCGCUUUCUUAACAAAAUUCGUACCAAAACUGCUUUAAAAGUAAAGAUUUUGCUUCAUUUACACAGUUUCACAUUCUUGUACAUAGACUACUUUUCCGGUUUUAAAUUAAGAAAAAUUAUGGCAUACAUUUUUUGUUAUGUAUAGUUAUUGUAAUCAAUUACUCUACCGUAACAUGCAACAAUAGUUUUACUGAUCGAGACUAUUUGAAUAGUAUAAAAGAUUGUAUAAAUCUACCACCUUUAGUAAAUUU